AAAUAAAUAAUUGGAAUAUUUUUGUUAAUUUUUGAAAACAAAAGUUUUGUGAUAAUAUACAUGUUGAACAUUUCAGAAAUUAAAUUUAAUAUCUAGUAAAUAUAUAUUUUGAAGAAUAUAUCAACAUUUUUUAUUAUUGGAAAUAAAAUCUACAAAAAAGAUGUUUUUGAUUAUAUCAAUGUAAAAUAAUAAUUAACAAAUGUUCAUUAGAAUGAAGACAAUUGGAAAACAAAAUUGGUCUUAUUUAAUAUCUACCAUUACAUUUCUUAUGAUAUGCGUCGUUGCUGAAAAGCAAAAACGACAAAUAUUUAGAGAACAGGUGUUACCAGCAUUAGGAGGCAAAAUUCCAGAAGAAGCUUUUAGAACUGAUCGCUUAGCAUUAAAUCGAUUAAAUAAAGAAGGUAUUACAGUGCCUGAUGGUAUAAUUUUAGAUGCUCGAAAUGUACAUAAACAUACUCAACAUAUUCAAACAAUCCCAGAAAUAAUAAAGGUAUAUAUAACUCCAGAUGGACGAUAUAUUCCACCAGAGGGUAAAUUUCAUUAUAAUCAUGCAAAAACAAUUGAUACAACUUAUGUUAUUCGUACUCCAUAUUCACGAUAUAAUAAUCGUGAGAAUUCAAACUUUAUUAACUUUAACAAACAUCGAGAUUUUCCAAAAUCACAAACUUAUACAAAUUUUAAACAACUUAUACCCAUAAUACAACCAUCGGAGGCUGAAAUUUAUAAACCUAUCAUAACACCUUUAGUACUUUCUAAUAACGCAGGCUUAUUAGAAGAAUCUUAUAUACCCACUUGGAAUAUUCACUACAAUUGGAAUUCUAUUUACCAACCAUUUGAUGAUUAUAUUAUCAACAAUAUAGCACUUUUUAAUUCUCAUCAGAUUAUUACUGAUUAUCAAGGAUUUUUAAAUAAGUUUCAUGAACAAUCUUCAAGACACAUAGAAUCUCAUUCCAUAAGAAGGAAUCAAAAUUUUUCUCCUCGAUUUUGGAAAUCAAAUGUGAAAAAUAUUGAAUUAAAUACCAAAACAAUAUCAUAUCAGAACAUUAAAAUGAAUAAUGAUACAAUUUUCCGCUAUCCAAAUCUUACCAAAAUUCCAGAAACUGAUUUCACUUGUGAUGGUAAAAAAGGCAUGUUUGCUGAUGUUGAAACUAAUUGUCAAGUUUUUCAUAAUUGUUCUGGUUGGUCUAAAACUUCAUCGCUUUGUCCUUCAGGUACAGCAUUCAGUAAUGCGAAAAAACGUUGUGAAUGGUGGAAUACAGUACAGUGAAGAACAUUCAUCUAUGUCUUCGAAAAUGUGCUUCUUGUGGAAUUGAUUACUGAUUCAUAAAGCUCUAUUUCAUAGAAAUUUUUGCCGCUUUUAGGAUAAAAAAAGGAGCACUAAUGUAUCAACAGAAGAAAUAAUAGAGAAAGCAAAGAAAACAAAGAUGGAUCCUAGUGGAUGAUUCAUAUUGAAGAACAAAUUUAACAAUUUAUUAUAUUAUAAUAAAUAUUAUAUAAUAUAUAAUAAUAAUUUCAGAAUAUUCAGAAUAUUAGAAUAUUAGAAUAACCGGAAUGGAUGGGACAAAUAGUUUUGUGAAUAAUAUAAAUAAUAAUUCGAAUAUUAAUGUAAAUAGUGAAAUUUAUAUAGCUAUAUCUACAUAUAGACAUUUUUAUUAAUAUUAUACUUUAUUAUUAUUAUUAUUAAUUCCUCGUUUGUCCGCGUUACUGAAUACGAAUCGCCUAUCACUUGAAUAUGUGAUAAAAUUUCCACAUUACAUUUUCAUUUUGAGGAAAAUUAAAAAUACAAUUUAAAAUAGUAGCGCAGAUAAAUACGUGGAGUAAAAAUCAAAGCUAAGGUUUGAUUGCUUCAUUAGAAGAUUUGACGAGGUAUAAUUUUUUCCUGUCAAAUACUUUUCGGAUUAUUCAAAAUCAAGUUUGACAAUUGAAUUUUAUUUCGAUGCAAAGAUCUAUCAAAUUUAAAUUAUGUUUUAUUCCAAAAUUAUCAACAAAAAGAAAAGUUGAUCUCAGCGUUAGCUAGAUUAAUACAAGUAAUUUUUAUCGAUUAAUCCAAAACAAAUCAAGACAAAAUAUGGAAUAAUUUAAUCGCAUUUUAGUUUGUUAUAUUAGCUAAUGAGGAAAUUAAAAAAUAUCUUUUGUUGAUAUUAGGACUUUAGAGAUGGAAAUUAGAGAUGUCUUGUAAAGCAAAAUAAAUAAAUACAAAUAUAGUUAUUUCUAAAAAAAGAAAUGGGAAACUAAAAAGAAAUGUAAAAAAAAAGUAAUAAACCUGGCAUGUUGGAUACAGAAAGCAAGAAUAUUUUCAAAAGAAUUAUGAUAAAAAAAAAAAGAACGAAAAUCAAAAAUCAACAUAAAAAAGAAAUCUCCGAGUUCGAUUCUUGUUGCCCCGAUCUUGUUAAAAAUGAAUUUAUUUUUAAAUUUAUUAAUUAAAGAAAUCGAUAAUAAAAAAUUAAAAUAAUUAUUAACACUAGAGUUUAAAUUUUGAAAAAAAAAAUUUUGAUUUGCGCAAAAAUUUGGCGCAGCGGAAUUAGAAAUCGAAAAUGUUUUUUCAAUUUUUGGAGAAUAAUUACAAAAUUAUUUAUAUAAUUUUUUAUAUAAUUACAAAAUGGAUAAUUUUUUUUAAUUUUAGUUAAUCUCAGGAAAUUUCAAAAGUAAAGGAGAUUUCCUGCUAGCCAAUAUGAAAGAAUCUUCUUCAAAGAAAUAUAAAUAUAAAUGUUGCUUAGAUUUUUUAAUCGGAAAUAUAUUCAUUGAUACAAAAAAAGAAAAUUAUUUUCCAAAAAAAAAAAAAGAAGAAAAGAAAAAAGACAAGAAAAAAUUUCCGGACAUUUACAAGAACUUCAUAAUCAAUAUGUAAAAUUAAUGAAUUAAUGAAACAAUAGAAAAUGAAAUUUCCAAAAUUAUUUAUUGAAUUCCGUGAUUUUAUAUUUUGUAUUUUCAAAAAAAGUUGGAAAAUGCAAUGUUCAUAAAAUCAUUGAAGAAUAUCAACCUAUUAAAUAAGAAUUGCGACAAUUGCUUUUUAAUCAUUAAAUAAAUGAAUAAAUGAAUUGUUAAACAAUAUAUUGAAAAAAGGAAUAAUAGAAAAAUGUGCUUGUUUUCCUCGAUUGUGCUUGUUAAAAAGAACAAUAGCACAAGAUUUUGUGUUGAAUGAAAUUAGUAAAAAGGAAUCCUAUUCAUUUUGCUAAUAGAAGAAAUUCUCAAUUUUGUUUUAUCUGGUUCUGCUUGAUUUCCUACAAUUGAUCUCCAAAAUGAUUAUUGACAAAUCUCGAUGGAUAAGAAAGAUAAGAAGAAAACUGCUUUUUGCAGUAGAAACUGAAUUAUGGCAAUUUAAAAUAAUGCGAACUUUGUUACAUUUGAACAUUUAAUGGACCGUGUUGACAAAUCUCACUUGGAAAAUCUAGUAUAUAUAUGUGAUUAUUUUACUUCUAAAAAACAUUUGAAAAGAAAAUAAUAAAUUUAAAAAAAAUAUUCUUUUGCAUGUGUCAAGUAAAUUUACUUAUGCCCGAAGAAAUGCACUUUCUUUGAAAACGAAAUAAAAAUUAUUGCAGAAAUUGAAAUAAAAAUAGAUUAAGAUCAGAUUAAAACUAUUUAUUUUAGAAUGGAAAAUUCUGAAAAAUCCUAAUUUUUCUGAAAUUUUAUAUUUAUUACAGAAAGUUUGUUAAUAAUUUUUCAUUAAUUACAAAAUCAUUUGAAAAUAAAAUACAAUAUAAUUGGAUUGUUAAAUUUCAAAAUUAAAAAAUAAAAUUGACAUAAUAUUUAAAAAUUUUAACAUAUUAUUCAAAAAACAGCAAAUUUAUUUUAGCUAUGUAUCAAGUUUUGCAAUAAGAAAAAGUCAUUGUCUAUUUCUUAAAAAUAUUGGGAAAAGAGAUUAAUCUUAUAACUUGUAAAUAAUUGUUAACAGCAAUAAAGUUAAUAGAACAUUUUCAUCAUUAUCUUUACGGGCGAAAAUUUCUUUUAAAGACGGACUAUACAGAUUUAUGGUACUUUCAAGAAUCCAGCGGGACAAUUAGAUAGAACGUUUACAAGAAUAUGAUUUCGAAAUUCUAAAAGCAUUAAGAAAAUAAAAUUUAUAAUAAUGCCUUCAAAAUAGUAAAAAAUAUUUACUCCAGAAAGAAAAGGAGUUUUUCUUUAUGUUUUGACUUUAAAGUUUCAAAUUUAGAAAAUUUAAUACUGACUCAAUUGAAAGAUAAAGAAAUAGAAUUCAUUUUUAAAAAGAAGAAAACAAAAAAUUGACAAAUUGAGUCAAAGAUAUAGCAUAAUUUUCGCCUAUUAUGAAAUACCAUUUGGAAAUUACUGAGAAACUAUGUAAGAUUGCUUGGAAAAAAGAAUUAUUUUAAAAAUUUACAGACUGCAGUACGAUCAUAUUAAUAAAUUUUGUGUUUUUAAUUUUUUAAUAAAAAAUUAUGCUCUUUGAUAAUAGUAAACGAAGAAGAAGAUAUGUUUCUACAAGAUAAUUGCAUCGACAAUUUAUCUGAUGUUCCAAUUGAAUUUGAGAAUUCUGAAGAAAUAGAAGAUUCUACAAAUUCAGAUAGAAAACAAAAUGAUGUAGAAUCAGAUUUGAAUAUGCAUGUGCAAAGAAUUUGACGAACAAUACGCCAAUUGAUAGAAGAAUCAGAUGAAAAUUACGAUAUAGAGUGGUCAGAUUUUGAUUUAUCGAAGAACAAUAAUGAAUUCAAAGGAUCUCCGUGUUCUAUGUAUUUCUCAUGUAUUUCUCAGAGAGAUAUACAAAACAUGCAAGAUUUGUAAAUUUGUAAAUUUAUUAGAAAUAAUUUUGAAUUUAUUAGCAUUGAAAUCAAUAAAUAUAAAUAAACAAAACUCUAAUAAAAACAAGCAAUAUAAAAAAAGUGCAAAAUUUUUACUGCAAACGAAUUUAAAAAGUAAUUUGUGUUAUCGAUACUUAUAGGAUUGAUAAAAGAAAACCAGAAUGGGCGCUUAUCAAUUAACGAAUCCUUUGGAACCAAUAUUUCGCAAAAUUAUGACUAUAAUAGAUUUAGAUAUAUAUUAGCAUUUUUACAUUUUUUUGAUAACAAUAGUAUAUGUGAUAAUACCGAUUGAUCUUUUAAAGUGCAACGCAUAAUAGAUUAUUUUUUAAAAAAAUUUCGAAAAAUCUUUAAUUUUGGAUAAAAUAUUUUCAUCGAAAUAUGGAUCUUGGGGUGGAUGAGUGAAUUUCAAAAUUUAUAAUCUUUUGAAAAUUAUUAAAUAUAAUAUCCGAACGUUAUGCGAUUCUAUUAUGGAAUAUAUUUUGUGUUUCAAAAUACACUCAGAUAUUGGAUAGACUUUAAGAAAUGCUAUAAUGAAACUAUUGAUAUAUUUUUUUGGAAAAUGUUAUUAGCUAUAUAUAAAUAAUUAUUAUAUAAUUAAUUAAUAUAUAAUUAUUAUAUAAGUGUGGAAUUUGUGGAGAAUUAUUUAAAAAGAAAAUUCGGAUUUAUGGAACGAUAAAACGCGAUAAAACCGAGAAUUUUCAGCUAAAUUAAAAAAUUCGAAACUAAAUAUUAUUUCAACGGAAAGAUAAAAUACUUACAAUUAAUAAUAUAAUUAUGGAAAAUACUAAGAAAGAAAAUGAUACGAAUGAUUUCUAUUAUUCAUAAUGCUGAUUUAAUUGCCACUCAAAAAUAUGUAAAAAAAUCAAAAUUCAAAAAUGCGUAUUAGAUUAUAAUAUAUAUGAAAAGAGUGAUUCGAGCUGAUCAAUACUUCAGCUAUUAUCCUAUCUACAAAAAAAUUUUAAUAUUUGUCAUAUAUUCGUUAAGAUCAACGUAAUUGAAACGAAUGAAUUGUGUUAUUACUUUUAACUUAUUAGCUUCAAGGUAUGAAUCGAUAUUGCAAGUUAUGAUUUUGUACGGUUACAAGUCCGUCCAUAUAAUUAUGGAAAAGAGUUUUUCUUAAUAAAGAAGAGGAUACCAUAAUAUAUAGGAAAGAAAUAAGAAAAAGAAUGGAAAAAAUUCAUUUAAGAUAAAGAUUGGAAAUUUGUUCGACGAAAAUGAAAACGUAGUAUGAUAGCUAUAUAUACACUACUAAUUUAAUUCAAGAGAAAAGAUAUGGCUACAUUAAUGAAGAACAAAAAAAAAAUGUCUAAAGUUACUUAAGAACUGAAAAGAAUCUUACAAAUAAAUGAAUAACAAUAACAAGAAAUGACAUAAUUUAUUCUAUCAUCAAACAAAUAAUAAAGCUGUUCAUAUAAAUUUAUUUAUGAGAUAUGAAAUUAAAAAAUGAAAUAAGAAGAAAUUGUACGGAACAGUUUUCAUUCAAGAAGAAAGAAUAUUUUAUAGCAGAACGUAAGGGCAUAUAUUAAAGUAUAUUGUUAUUAUCGAUGGUUUCUUCUCGACUGGAGAUUUCGAUAAAAUUCAUUUGCGGAAAUAUUUUUUCGAAUUUGGAUUCAAAAAAAAAUUGUAUUUCCGAACAACAGAAUUUGCUCUUAUAACACAUGAUAGUCUAAUAACAGAAUCAAUGUCAAAUCAAUCAAUAUAAUCAAAAAUGAUAAAUAUCAUUUUAUAGUGAAAAGAUAUGCUAAAAUCUGAUUCAUUUUAAAAGGAAUGGUAAAAUUACUCUGACAUAAGAUGGUUUGAAAUGAUACUAUAAGUGUUUUGGAGUGUUGAAGAGAGAAUUUAAUUGGGAAUUUGAAAUUGUCCGAGAAAAUUUAAAAAAAGAAAGAUUCAAGACAAAAGAUUCAGGUAAAGAAAAAGAAUUUAGAUUCGGUGAACAAAAAAAAACAUAAUAAAUAAUAUAAUUAAAAAGAAUAUUAAUGUCUUACUCAGAAUUUUUGCCUAAGAUGAUGAAUUAGAUAAUCGAGAUGUUCGUUGUCUUGAAGAAUAUUUACGUAGUUAUAUUUAUAAAUCUUUAUUUUUGGAUUAGAAAUAUCUAGUAUAUAAUAGGGAAUAAAAUGAAAUUUGAGUGAAAUUGCUGCGAACGAAAUUCUUUUUUCUCAAAAAUAAUAACAAUAUUACGAGUUUCAACAAUCGUAAUGUAAAAUGUCAUAGUUAAUAUAAACUAUGAUAUAAGAAAUAACAAUAUUGAUAUUCAAAAUAUUUGAAAAUGGAAUCAUGUUCCCGAUAUAAAAUAAAACAGACGUAUUACUCUCUGUUCCUUACAAGAAUAUUGUAUUGUUUAAUAAAUUAAUUAAUAUAAAAUAGUUAUAAAUUAAUUAAUUAUUGUAACUUUGUAAAAAUUAUAAAUAGAAAAACAUUAUGAAAGAAGAAGUGUCAGUUGGAUAUAAUAUGUUUAAAUAACAACGAGAAUAUUCUGAAUAUUGUGUGUCUUUAAAGAGAAGGUACUGAAUCCACAGAAAUAGUAAAAUCAUAUGCAAAUAAAAUAUGAAAAUAUGUCAACUAAUCAAUGGAUGGUAUAAAAAAUAUACUUAUACAAUUAAAAAAAUAUUUAAUCAAUUUUAAAUGGCAGUAUUAUAUUUAUAUAUCUGGUCAGAAAGAAAACCACCACAUUUAUUAUCUAAUACAUAUCAAUAAUAAUGAACAAUAAUAAAAUAGAAAUAAAAAUUAAUUAUAGAUAAAUUUAGUAAAUUAACGAAAAUUCUGGCUAAUCACCAUGUAUAAAAUCUGAAUUGAAUAUUAUACGAAAAAAAAUACUUGAAUUAAUUAUAUUUCAAAGAAUCACUCAUUGUGAAAUUGUUUAUAUCGUAAAUUUUCAAUCAACUUUAAUAAUGAAUUUAUAUUUAACUGUUUUUCUGAUUAGCUCUAACUGAUUUAUUUCUAAAUUAAAAUAGAUUCUCAUUAGUUUAAUAUAUCAUUAGUUAAUCAUUAGUUUAACUAUAUAUAACUAGUUUCUAAUCAUUAAUUUCUAACUGUAAAGUGCUUUUCUAAAAAACUGUUGUGGUGUCUUUCGACUUUUCAGAAAUAAUUAAUUCUCGAAAAAAAUGUAAUCGCAAUAAAAAGGAAUCAUGUUGGAGAUCAAAGUUAAGAUCGUUGCGAUCGUUUUUUCAGUGAUUGAUUGACAAUUAGUUGACGCGCAAUAAUUUAUCAAAUGAUCAUUGUUGUUAUGUCUUAGUUUCUUGAAUAAUUAUUAUUAAAAGUUUAGAACAAUAUAAAAAAACUGUUUUCGCUGAUAAAUUAUUGAAAAUCUAUUUCGAAUCGAAUUGUAUUUGAGAGGAGAGUGAGAAAUAAUAAAAAUGAAUGAAACAUAUUUCUCUUUGUCGUUGUUUUAAACUCAAGAUAAAGCGAACGUUGCAAUCUACGAAAAAGUUCUAGAAAUUGAAAGAUAACAUCUUGACAUAUAAACAGGAAAAAAUGAGACAUUUAAACAGAUAUUUAAUACUGAACAUUCAAAUGUGUUUUACGUUUCAUUUGUUUUACAUUUUUAAAAAAAAUUAUGUCUUUAUAUAAAAUCUUAUGUUUUUCAAAUCUGUUUAAUGAAUGAAAUUUUGUUAGAAUUAUUUAAGUAUUGCAAAAUAAAUUUUGUGAGGAAAUAUCAAAUAAUUAAUUUAAUAAAUUUAUUUAAAUUGAAUAAA